AACAGUCCCCAGGCUUCUAGUCGUCCAUCCGGUGUCAGGGCAUACAAGGACGCCGUCUAACCGGGUUAACUCGGGGGGGACCGGUUGUUGUUGUUGUUGUUGUUAUUGUUUUUAAUGCGUGUACCUGCACCUCCCCCCGCCUCCGGGCCACCCGUCGGAAGGCAGAGCCGAGAGGGAGAGAGCUGACUUCCCGUGGUUCUAACCGACGGGAGCUAACCGCUAGCCUGGUUGUGGAGCCGUUGACGCUAGCGGCAUCAACAUGGUGACGCUGUGCUCCGCCAUGAGACCCUUCGCCUCGCAGCUCCGCCGACACCUCCUCAAACACGCCGGGAGUCACCGAAUCACGCCCGUCAGGAGAUGCAGCCUCCUGGCGUGCUCAAGCAAAUAUGUGCUGUCGCAGAUACAUCCCAUGUGGCAGGGACCCCUCGCGGUACCUGGGGGCGAUCGCCAGUCCCCCAUCGACAUCGUGGUGCGAAAGAGCGUGUUUGACUCUGAGCUGAAGCCCCUGGUCCACGACUACGACCCGCAGACCUGCCAGCAGAUCUGGAACAACGGCUACUCCUUUCUGGUGGAGUAUGACGACACCACCGACAAGUCCACGCUGAAGGGGGGCCCCCUGCAAGACACAUAUCGAUUGUGCCAGUUCCACUUCCACUGGGGGGAGAGCAACGCCUGGGGGUCAGAGCACACGGUGGACCGGAGACUGUUCCCCGCAGAGCUCCACCUGGUCCACUGGAACUCCGACCGCUACAGUCUGUUCGAGGAGGCAGUGAUGGAGGACAACGGACUGGCUGUCAUUGGAGUCUUUCUGAAGGUGGGAAAGAGGCACGAGGGGCUGCAGAAGCUGGUAGACGCCUUGCCUGCUAUCAGACACAAGGACAGCGUCGUGGAGUUUACCAGGUUCGACCCCGCCUCCCUGUUACCCGCCAACACCGACGACUACUGGACCUACCACGGCUCUCUGACAACCCCCCCGCUGACCGAGUCCGUCUCCUGGAUGCUUAUGAAGCAGCACAUAGAAGUCAGCCACGACCAGCUGGCGGUUUUCCGAAGCCUCCUCUUCACCUCAGCGGAGGAAGACGUACAGAGGAGCAUGGUGAACAACUUCCGCGUGCAGCAGUCGCUCUGCAGCCGCACCGUGCGCUCCUCCUUCAGCCCUUUCCUACAGGAGGCUGACGGCGACCAGCACGCCCACUGAAGCCACUGGGCCCAGUGCUCCCAGUGCUCCCAGUAACAGACCAGAGCUCCCGUUCUCCCAGUCUCCGAGCAGCUCUCCACACUUUUGUUUUUGUUUUUCUCACAACACAAAUAUUUCCCGUGUUUUCCUUUCAAGGAGUGAACAGGAUUUACAUCCUUUUUUACUAUGAUUACAAAUCAGUUACACAUGGUGGUGGGAUCGUUUAGAUUUAUUUUUUUUUAGUUUGUUUGCCGUACACCAAUAACAGUAAUGGGUAAUUGCCAAGGUGGAAAUAUGUAGCUUAAAUAAGUUAAUUAUUAACAGGCUUUGCGUUGGUUUUAGUUUGGGUUUGGAGCUGCAGCUCAGUCAAGAGAAGACGGCUUGUGUGAGAACUCCACAGCACUGCCUGCUGACCGCAGCCGGUACUGCAACAGUGCUCUGACGUCAUACUGAGCCUUUUACUUUAUAAGGAGACUGCUGCUGCUUGUUUACAGCAGAAAGCCAAGGGGUUUUAACAUUCUACAUUAAAUAUUGAUGUAUCAUCAAGGUUUUUUUGAAAUUCCAUUAGUUGAUGAUGUGACAUUCAGACCGAACUCCGCCGAGCCUCCGACUCAGAACUAUGUUACUAAUACUCACAAACAUGCAUUUAACCAGAAUAUUCUGGUUCAUACUUAUUCAUAUUUUAAUUUUUUUUUUGCCAUGGUGCCUUAAAUAUUCUGCGUGCAGCGCAAACUGAAACACGCAGCACAGGCGGCUCUGAGCGACGCCGGUCGAGCAGAGCUGCUCCCACAGCGCGCCAUCGAGUUCAGGGACACGGAGGAGGAGCUCUGUAGAGCAGCCGCCGACUAGACUUUCAGGUCGACUAAUUGAGUCAAGUGUUUAUCUGGAACUUCAUCAGUGGUGGUUUGGUCAGAGCUGUGAUGGCUAGAGGCGGACGUCAAUCAAAUUAACACUAUGGUAUUAGUCUGGUAUUAGCACUUUUUUGGUUUAUUUUUAUUAUUCUUAUAGAAAAUGGCGAAAAGAGUGGCUAAUGCCGUACAGCUGUAAAGCAGAAAAGCAGAACUAUUCCGAAACUGCUUUUUUAUAUUUUUCAAAUUUGAAUCUCAAUGAAAAUCCUGUGAUGAGCUUGGGUAGGGCUGGCUGGGAUCCAGACAGCCAUUAUGCAAGCUUGCAUCAUGGAAAUAAGUCUUGACCUCCGCUGAGUCUCACAGCGCUGCGCUAUUGGAGGAGAGAAGAACAAGAGGUGUGACGACAGGACGGGGACAGAUGAGGGGGCGGGGAGGUAUGUCGGCUCUGGGACGUACCCGCACUCAAAGCCACGUGUCUCUGUCCUCUUCUCGGCUCGUGUUCAUGUGAGCCCCCCCCCCCCCUUUCUACCCUCCCCAAAGGAACAAUGCAACUGGCUCAAAGCGUCCCUCCACCGCUAUAGAGAUGGCCGGUGCUCCCCUCCUGCACCUCUCUUCAGGCAUACACACACCCACACACACAUUGAAUAGAUGCGUUGAAAGGCGUUGGACUUCUAUGGAAGUGUGAUGCCACUUUUGGGAAAGUUGCAAGGUUGCCUUUUCUUUCUUUGUUUUUAAAUGUAUGAUGCAAUACAUAUGAUGCAAUACAUAUUCUAUGUUCAGUGUGAUCUGCCAACAUGCAGCCAGGGGCCCCGGCACCGCCUUCAUCCUGUACAGCUGUGGUUUUUUGACAAAAUGUGCACCAUAAUCAUUAACGUGCCUUCAUGUUUCAUUGCAUUUCACUUGUGUUUUUAUCCUUUUAUUGGAAUGUAAUGAUGUGCAUUGUAUUCAAUCUGUAGAAGAAUGUUUGUCUGGCUUUUUCAAUCCUGUUAAGCAACAGAAAUCAAUUUAAAACAACUUACAUUGUUUUCAUUACAUUACAUUUUUUUUCUUUUUUUUCCCCCCGAAUUCUCUGCCGACCCGUGUGAGUCUGCCUCUGUGAGCGUGACUGUAUUCCAGAGGGCAUCCACGUCCUGUUGCUCUCUCCUGGAGCUCAGUGUGAUGUUUUAGCAGGUGUAUGCACUUCUUUAACCGUGUUUGCAAAGCGGGCAGCACCACAUUCCUGCCCUGCAGGGCUUCGCCGGGGCCCCCUCUCCCCUCCCAGCAUGCUUUGCUCCACCUGUAUGGGUGGGGCCCCAGUCCAGCUGAAAAACCAGGAUAUGUUUUGCUCUAAGAGCGCCUUGUGGGGGGAGGUUACAGGACAUGUGAUAUAGAUGAAAUAUGAUAUAUUAACAGAUGAUAUUUAACAAUAAAGUAGCAAGUGGUAUCUUAAAUGUG